AUGGCCUUUACCUCGUCUGCUUAUGAUGCUCAUGUGGCAGCUCUGGAUCAUGCCAGCAUAACGUCCACCCCUACUACCGCCAACACUUCCUCUGACAACCACGGUGGCCAUGGGGUGACGCCCUCAACGGGGUACUAUCACGCACAGAACGCUUUGGCUACUGGCCAAGGCCAUGCAACCGCACCUAGAUUCAGUACUCAGCCGGAUCUUACCAGCUCUCAGGGGCCAGUUGGCGUUGCUGCCGUCUGGCGUAUCAAUGGAUCGACCUGGGCGCCAACUUCAGGCUUAGCACGCAACAUCCCAAAAUGGCUACUCAGUGCUGCUGUUGCGGGGGCCGCGUUUGUGGCCGACAGCAGUGUGCAGCAGUUCCGGCAGGUGUAUGAGGAGUCCAUUCGAGUGCCUGUGUCUGCUAUUUCAGCACAAAAAUCCGUCGACUCCGACGUGGAACUCAUGUUGUUGCAGGCCACGGUGCUGUUCCAAGACAUUGGCCUUUGGAGUAGCGAGUAUGCGGUGAUGGAGAUCACACGAGGGUCACUUGAACAUCCCUAUCGCUGGCGAAGCCCGUUGAAUAAGGAACGCAACAGCGGGUUGUGCAUCUUCUUCUGGGCUGGCGGACCGGGGCGCCCGUCAGGCUGA